AUUUCCUGUUUGCCUCCUCACUCGCUGUCCAGUGAAGGAUUUUGGUCAUAAGCGAUGUUGGCGUGCUCAGCCCUCCUAAACCAUCGUCUAAGUGGAGGCUGUUACAAGAUGUUAUGUGGGGUACCCAGACCACUCCUAGCCAUCAGAUCAGGCAGUACAGUUCAAGAAGGGACAUCAAGUUUUCAAGAAGAGCAUCACUGGGAGAGAGAUGUGCAUCCGGUGUUUGCCAAAGGCAGGAUAGGCCUGUUCUUCCAAGACAGGCCAGUGCUGAAGAACCCGUUUUUAGAGGACGCCCUGCUAAGAGGAUACCUGAGGAGACACAUACCUCAGGAGGCAGUCUUUUCAGACUUGUGUGCAUUAGGCGAAAGAGUGGCAUGUGAGGUAGAUCAUUGGGGUCGGGAGUGUGAGGUCACUCCUCCACAGCUGGUGCACUUUGACCCCUGGGGUCAGAGGGUAGACCACAUCAUGACCUCUCCAGCCUGGAAACUUAUGAAAAACCUGUCGGCAGAGGAAGGCCUGGUUGCCAUCGGCUAUGAGAGGCCCUUUGGUGAAUGGAGCCGUGUGUACCAGAUGAGUAAGCUGUACAUUUAUGCUCCCUCUUCUGGUCUCUACACCUGUCCUCUGGCUAUGACUGACGGAGCAGCCAAAGUCAUCCAGUCUCUUUGUGUGUCACGGCCAGUAGAGGAAGCCUACACUCGUUUGACCACUCGUGACCCUGAACGUUUCUGGACAUCUGGGCAGUGGAUGACUGAACGAAGAGGAGGUUCUGAUGUGGCCAGUGGCACAGAAACAGUGGCUGUGCCUCAGACGGAUGGUACAUACAAACUGCACGGAUUCAAAUGGUUCACCUCUGCUACAGAUGCAGACAUGACUCUCACACUGGCCAGAAUCCAAGACACAGAGAGAGCAACUAUAUCGGGUAGCAGAGGUUUGUCUCUGUUCUAUGCGGAGGUGAGCCGAGAUCUGGAGGGCAGACUGAAAGGUAUAGAAGUUCAGAGACUGAAGGACAAACUGGGCACCAGACAGAUGCCCACUGCUGAGUUAUUACUGGAUGGUCUGCCUGCACACAGGCUGGCAGAUGAGGGAAGAGGUGUAGCCUCCAUAGCUAACAUGCUAACAGUCACCAGGAUCCACAACAGUGUCUCUGCAGUAGCGGCCAUGAGAAGGGUGGUCCAGUUGGCUCGUGACUAUGCCACUCGUCGGACUGCUUUUGGCAAGCCUCUUAAAGACCACCCACUCCACAUGCAGACCCUUGCUAGAAUGGAAGUGGAGACUCGUGGAGGCUUCCUGCUGCUGAUGGAUGUGUGUCGUCUGUUGGGCCGAGAGGAAACUGGUCUGGCUACCCAGUUGGAGACACACCUCCUUCGCCUGCUCACACCAGUUGUCAAACUCUACACCGGGAAACAGGCAGUCGCAGUGGUCUCAGAGGGUUUGGAGAGUUUUGGUGGACAGGGCUACAUUGAGGACACGGGGUUGCCUGGAAUUCUUCGGGAUGCACAGGUGCUGAGUAUAUGGGAAGGUACAACAAAUGUUUUGUCUCUGGACGUGCUGCGCUGUGUAGCUCGUAGCUCCGGAUUGGUUCUUGAGGCCUACUUCACCCACACCAAGUCCCUGCUUGCCGCAGCUUCUGCUAUCCCUUCACUGAACCCAGCUGUAAGAGCUGUGAGUGGCGCCCUCUCUGGACUGGCAGAAUUUGUACAGAUAGCAGCUGCCAGACCACCCAGCCAUCUAGAGUUGGCUGCUAGAGACCUUGCAUACAGCCUAGCUCGCCUCUACAUGGGUGCUCUACUAAUAAACCAUGCUUCUUGGGAAGGAGCAUCUGAAUCUGAUACUUAUGCUGCUAUCAGGUGGUGUGAGCAAGACUUAUGUCCAGUGGUGACAAAGAAUGCCACAGGCUGGUACAGUCCCAAGACUCCAUCACUGGAUGCUGUACUUGUGUAUGAACGACCAACCCAGGGCUGAAAAUCUAAAGAGUCAUUAAUGUCUGAUCUUCUGUUUCUUGGCGUUUUGUUUAUAGCAGUUGAAGACUGGGUUAUUGUCACCUACAUUGUAGAUUAUAUAGAUAGAUUUUGCCCGUUAUUUGUGGAAGACAAUAAUUUCCUCCAGUUUAAUUUGUCAGAAUAUCAGAGCCGCAAUUUGAGUUUUGUAUACGUGUGUCAUAAUUAUAAUAAAGCAUAUAUCAUCCUUUGAUCUCUCUCGUAUGUCCACCAUGAAAUAUGAUAUCUAUCUCCCCUCAGUUAUUUGUUCAGUGUUCCAAUG